UUAGCACAGGUGCCUUCGGCGCAGAGUGCGCUUAAGGGGAGCAUGAAGACCCCUCUUAUCUUACCUUUUCUGAGGGUCAGCAGCUUCAUGUUUUAAGAAGCUGCCAAAGAAUCCAUUAUUUUCUAUAUAAACCUUUACGUCCGCCUAUGCCCCAUUUCUUUGGGUAGUGUUGGAAGGCAGCCCUGGAGGAAAGCCUUUUUAAUAGGGGGGAGAGGAGGAGAAGUGGCACCCCAUUUUUGCAAGAUGUGGGGGUCUGCUGCUUGUUUCUUCCUCAUCAUGCCAAGCCUCCCCCCUUUCUUUCGUUCUCUACCCCUUCUGGAUUACCUGUCCCCAUUGAAUGGAUAAUAGAAGAAGGUUUGUCUACCAGUGAUCUGGGUCCAGUCCUCUGCAGUUAUUACCUUCGGACCGGAGAAGAGGCAUUGGACACCCAUCCUUGACUCGAAACCAGGCAAGAUUGGGGGUGAUCAGCCCCCUCUCCCUCACCGACCUGCACCCACUCUGAGCUAACAUGGGAUGUAACAUGUGUGUGGUUCGGAAACCAGAGGAGCAUUACAAAGUGAUGCUGCAGGUGAAUGGGAAGGACCUUUCUCGACUCUCUCAGGAGCAGACAUUGGAAACUUUACGCACCACUAAGGAUCCUUUGCUGAUCCAGGUGCUCAGACGGAGCCCUCGCAUGAAGGGAACGUUGGCCGCCUCCUGCCAUGACCUGCAUUUUGUAGACAGUGGAACACAAACAGACAUCACCUUUGACCACAUCAUGACAAGGGGCAAGCCUCGUCCCCCGAGUCCAGCUAUGGUAGUUUUGGAACCAUACGUACUUUCAGAGCUCCCCCCCAUUGGGAAUGAGUUUUAUGAGCACUCUGAAUAUAUGGAUGGGGUGCAACCUGAGGGAGAAAGAACGGAUGAACUGGAAUAUGAGGAAGUGGAGUUGUGCAAGUCCAAUCAUCUGGAUAAGCUCGGCUUAACUGUAUGUUAUCGAACUGAUGAUGAAGAAGACUUGGGGAUAUAUGUGGGAGAGGUCAAUCCAAACAGCAUUGCAGCGAGAGAUGGACGGAUAAGGGAAGGAGACCGAAUCCUACAGAUUAAUGGUAUUGAUGUUCAAAACAAGGAGGAAGCUGUGGCCAUUCUGACACAGGAAGAGAGUACAAACAUCUCUUUGUUGGUAGCCCGUCCAGAGACAGAGAUGGGCCAGAGAUGGAAAGACAGCGACAGAGAGGACUUCCUGGAUGACUUGGUUUCAGAAAACGAAGAGGAACUUCAAGCGCAGAGACUCAACUCUCCAACUAAGCAGCAGGCUGAGAAUGAGGAAACAGAGGCGAGUCCGAAAUCUCCACGCCCAUUCCCUCACCCUGCAGGCCUGAGCCGGAGUCAGGAACUGGACAGUGGUGUAGGACGGACAGAUGAGAGUACACGCAACGAUGAAAGUUCUGAGCAUGACCUCCUAGGGGAUGACCAGACAAGCAGUGCAAAUACCCCAGGCAGUCAGCGUCGCCUACGGUUCCUACGUGGGGACUCUCUGCAAUGUCGUGAAUUUCACCACAGCCUUGACUCCCUGUUGGCAGCGGAUGGUUCUUCCCCAUACAACGAGGUUCUUCCUCCGGGUGCAGGACUUACAGAUGAAGAGUAUGAAAGGUACCGGGAACUUUUGGAAAUCACCUGCCAUCUUGAGAAUGGCAAUGGACCUGCCUUCCUUUACUCAACUCGUCAGGGUGGGCUGGAUGUGAACCGCAAUGAAAAUGUUCUCAGAGAAAUGGCAGUGCUGGAAGAGGAGCUACGGCACUUGGAGUUUAAAUUUCGCAAUGUUCUAAGGGCACAAAAGAUGCAGCAACUCCGGGAACGCUGCAUGAAGGCCUGGCUGCUGGAGGAGGAGGACAGUCUUUAUGAAUUUGCAGGUGGAGGCACUGCCAAUAAUGAAGCUUCUACCAAGCUUCCAGAUAUUACAGAGUUGCCAGAAAGAUCAGACAAGGACAGUACUAGUGCAUAUAAUACAGGUGAGAGCUGCAGAAGCACCCCUCUUAUGAUGGAGCCCCCAAUGCCCCUGGACAGUCCACUGAGGCGAAUUAAUGAUGUUUCUGGUGCAUUCUGUCAUGCAGCUGAGGGCCACUGUUCUAAUGCUAACAUGAACAGAGGACAUAUGAAAAACGUGCCACCGUAUCCUGGUAGCCCCGAGUCCACACAAUCCAAAUUCCGCUCUCUAUGCAGAGAUGGACGACACACAACAGAGGAUAGGUUGAGAAGAGGAGCCAAGCCAGGGAAUGAGCUGGAUCGGGGCAACCGUGAGAGCAGCCCUUAUCUCAGCAGACGCCAGCGCUCCCAAGGAGGUGAUCGUUACAGAAGCUGCUUACAGUUAGCACAGCCACGGAGCUUGGAUGAGUUGGAUGUUGAUACCACUUGUGGGAAGGGAAUGGGGGUUUCACAAAGUAGCCACACCCAAGCUGAGCCACGGAUGGAGUGGAAGGUAAAAAUAAGAAGUGAUGGUACGCGUUAUGUGGCCAAGCGUCCAGUGAGAGAUCGUCUGCUGAAAGCCAGGGCCAUGAAGAUCAAAGAGGAACGCAGUGGGAUGACCACCGAUGACGAUGCUGUGAGCGAGAUGAAAAUGGGCCGUUACUGGAGCAAAGAAGAUAGGAAAAGGCAUCUAAUGCGGGCUCGAGAGCAGAGAAAGAGAAGAGAAUUCAUGAUGCAGAGCAGGUUGGACUGCCUGCGGGAGCAACAACAGCAACAGCAGGGUGUCGAGGGAAAGGGGGAGAUGAGCAUCAUUGCCCUCAGCCAUCGCAAGACCAUGAAAAAGCGCAACAAAAAGAUCUUAGAUAACUGGAUCACUAUCCAAGAGAUGCUCGCUCAUGGCACACGGUCAGCUGAUGGCAAGCGGGUUUAUAAUCCCUUGCUGUCAGUAACCACAGUCUGAGGGCCAAUGAGUUCAACUCUUAUUGUCUUUGCCAAAUCAAACUCUUCACUGCUAAUUAUCUGUCUUACUAACAAUCACUGCCUUAUCCUCAUGUAACUGCGCAAGUUUCAUUUUUGUUUCCUUGAUAUAUCUCUGUUUUCCCUUUCUAAUGGGUUUCUUUUGAUUUUGCAUUUAGUAUUCACACUUCUCCCCUUUUUCCUCCUUAGAUAUAAGUUUUAUCUCACGUUCCUCUCUUUCUUGCUCUUUUAGAGGAGUGGGUAUUAGAACACAGGGUGAUCUCUCAAAACUAGCCAUUAAUUGUACUUUGUAAAAGGAAUCAAUUCACUGUUUUGUUUGGUAAGCGAAUCAAUUACCAAGCAUACACCCCACCAUGAGACUCUCUACAGGACAUUGUUGGAUUCUCAACGCGACACCAUUUUGAAUGUCGCCUUGAUUGAUGGGACACGGGCAACAUCUUUUCACCCAAUGUUUAGAUAGAACCUUUCCAGUGGCUUAAGGGUUCUUGGGUGUGAAAGAACUCAACAUGAACGCCACUCACAUUGUCUGUAAUGGUGAAGCAACUUUUGAUGAGGCUGGUAAGAACUGUAGCGAUACAAUUAAUAAAAUCUGAAAACUAAACAGUGCCACACGGUGGUUUAAGAGCACACAGCCGACAGGUUUUACCAGUCUGGAAUGUUUUUCUGAAGAAGGACAGUAGCACAAUGGUGACAGUGGUUCUGCAUCUAGAAUAUAAAGACUUGCCUUCCACCUCCUGCAUAGUACUGCACAGAAAGAUGUUGUGCGCAGGAUCAUGUCUUAGAAAAUCAACCUGUCUGUUGUUUCUAAUGUGAUUGUGAUCUCUGUUCGAUCCUAUUUAUUGUUAUGUUAGCACUAUUUUGUUUGUCUUGGAAUGUGUGAAGACAGAUGAAAGGGACACGUUUGGUAAAGGGUUGUGGAUGUUGGAUGGAAGGUCAAGAAUAGCACAGAUAUCUACAACAUUCCCCCCCUGAAUGUCACUGCUUUCGGCUUCUAUGUUCUAGGUCAAUAGUUCUAGAUAGGACAGCAAAGCUCAAGGGAUUUGUUUAUUUCUGGAUGAAAAACCUCAGAGAUAUAUCGAUUAAAAAGAACCUUGCUACAUAGAGCAUCUAGACAAAGAAACAAACAAAAAAAACAUCACAAACCCAUUAAAUGAAAAUAGACUUUUUUGUUAAAAAUCCUGACCAAACCAAAUGUAUGGUUAAUAACUACCGUAGUUCAAGGGAACUUUCACUGCUCAUGCACAUAUGGAUUGUAGAGUAUAAUAUUUUUUUUCAGCCAUCAAUAGGUAAACCAGCACAUCUUAUUCAGGAGGCCAAAAAACAGGCCUGGAGAGAUAGAAGCUGCACGACGCCAAUUUCUUAACAUACAUUCUAAAAAUGUAUCAACAAAAAUAAAUUGGACAAACCUAUUUAAAACAAGAGUAAGAAAGAAAUUAUGUUAAAAA